CUUUGUGCCGUGCCGCGCAUCUCUACCUACCCUAACGCCCAUAGUUUUGACAUGGUGGAUGGGUUCGUCUCGCUAGCGAAAGGUAUAUACACCAUUAUCAACCUCGAACAUGCCUCUCGGGUGAAGUUGCGUGACGCAUCCGACCGCGAGUCCGCUAUCAACUGUGCUAGAUAUGUCCUCGAUGAACCCGUUCCGGAGGUGGAAAAGUGGAUCAUUGAGCUCGGUAGUGGAUAUGGACAUAGAAUCAAGAACAAAUUCCAUAGCGUAUACAUCAUCGGCAGACAGUACUUCCCACCUGGUUCUGAGGUGGUCAGCCACUCCGAAAUAAUCACAUGGUGGCAAAUUCAGUCUCACCAACUGCCGAGUGAGGUGGUGUACAUCAUCCGUCCCCCAGGCUCGAUACAGAACUUAUGCUGGAGUCUUGAACAAAUAGAUGAUGGCACGCCCGUGUGUCUGAAAGAGUUCCAGAAUCGGAACAGUCAAAUGUGGAAGCUUAUUCCGGAAGUGGCACCAGACACCGCGAGCACGCAGGGCAUCACUUUGCCGCCUAAUCCGAGUAUAGCCUGGGACCAUGUGCACGACCAGGACUAUUUUGCUCCACACACGGAAUGCGACCACUCUGGCCCACAGCCUAGCGGAGGAGUAGGCAACAGCGAUUACUUUGCACCAGGCUUGUAGUGUGUUUGUGAUAUUCUGGGUCUCCAU